UCUAAUGGUAUGUCGUGGUGACGUAACGUUCGCAUAGUAAAACAUGGCGGCUCCCUGUUGGCAUGUAGGACACCACAUCCGCAGAAAUGCACAGUCUCUGCGGGUAAAUAUUGAGCAUCUUGCUGGCAACAGGGCCUUUGGCUGGACUCCAGCUGUGCAUCAACAAGCUAAAGAGUCUGUUAUCCUCCCCAGGAAGAAAGCAUGGAGCAAGGAGGCAGUGCUGGAGACUCUGGCCUCAACCCUCAACAGGGAUUCCACAGCGUAUCCCUACCAGUUCCAGGAUGAUCCAUACCUGUCUCCCAGGACAGCCACUGAGUUUAAGCUGUAUUCCCUCGCCCAGGACUCUGGCAGAUCUGCAGCCAGAUACUUUGUGAACAACCACCCCAAGUUCUUCACCAAAGACUUUGCAGAGCCACACAUCCCGUGUCUGAUGCCCGAAACGGUGUCGCUGCUGCUGGAGGAGGUCAGCGAGGAGGCGCUGAAAGAACGGAUCACCCUGAGGAAAGUUACAGCAGCUGUGGACAUGUACGACCAGCUUCUGCAGACUGGCACAGCUGUCUCCAUGGAAACAACACACGAACUGCUGGACCUGAUCUGCCUGUACUGUGACAGGAACCCAGUCCAGGAGGGAGAAGCUGGUGCGGAGGAGGAGAAAGAAGGGCGCAGGAUGACGAGUCGCCGAGGAGCAGACGUCCCGAGGCUCUCCUGGACAGAAAACAACAACGCAGAGAGGAUCUUCUACCUGCUUCCAGAGAGAGACACCAGGUGUUACUCAGCUGUGAUCCGUGGCAUGGUGAAGCAUGGAGCCUACGCUAAAGCAUUCAGUGUGUACUCAGACAUGCUGAACAACAGGACCCCAGGUGAUGUCCAUAUCUUCAACGCACUGAUCUCUGCAGCUCCAGAAGUCAGAGACGGAUACAGCGAGAGAUGGGAUCUCAUCAGUGAGCUGCUGAACCACAUGAAACAACAGGAGAUCCAUCCUAACCUGCUGACCUUCAACAGCGUUCUUAAAUCUCUAAGACAAUGUGGGAGUCUGGCUAGAAGCUACUCCCCACAGACGCUGAACGAGAUGAAGGCUCUUGGGAUCGCUCCCAGUUUGGCCAGCUACGACCACAUCCUGGCCGUCUUUUAUAAAUCAGUGUCCUCUGGACCAAGCAACUCUGAUGUUUUACAAAAUUUGAUGACCGAGCUGGAGGGACAGAGCUUCACCUGUGUGGACCCCGAUGAUGUUCUCUUCUUCUCCAGUGCCAUGAAAGUAUGUUUGGACAACAAGGAUCUGGAGCUGGGUUACCGAGUGCAGAGUCUUGUUGAAGUAGGAGAGAACUGGAGGCUGCUGGGAGAUUCCGUCCAGCUCAGUAUUUACUACGGUCGAUUCUUCAACCUCCUGUGCAUGAUGGAGGACGUUGAUGUAGUGCUGAGGUGGUACAAGCAGAUGGUCCCAUCGCUGUACUACCCCAAUGCUCAGGGCAUGAAGCACCUGCUCCAAGCUCUAGACACGGACGGACGUCUGGACCUGCUGCCGGACAUCUGGACAGACAUGAAGACUCUAGGUCUUUAUAACAGGGCUGAUCUGUUGGAGCAGCUGCUUGGUCUGAUGGCUGGAGAGGAACACAGUCCUGAGCUCCAGGAGGCAUUUGCUGUGUGUGCUCUGGAUGUGAAGAGUGUGUUUGAAGAGAAGGCAGGUCUGGAGUGGAGCGCCUCAUCCCUGUCACAUGUCACCACGCUGCUGCUGAGAGCCAGCAAGGCUCAACAGGCCUGGGACAUGCUGAAGCUCUUCAAAGCCCAUAACAGAAUUCCUUCUGAGGCUCUGCUGAACAGCUUCCUGUCAGUGUGCCAGAGGGACGGAGCCUCUGAGAGGGCGGUGGAGCUGGUCCAGCUGUCUGCAGCCUUCUGUCUGACGUCAACAUCUGGAUUAGCCAGCCGAGCUCUGGCUGAGUUUGAUCUGAACCAGGAACAGAGGUUGGUGUUGGCUGGGCUGGAGGCUGCAGCAGGACCUCCCUCUGACUGAAUCAGACCACUGAACUAAACCUGUCUAAUAAAAGCCUCUGACAUCCA